UGAGAGCGCUGCAGUGUGGCCGUAGGGAAACACUCUGAAGCAAUGAGUGACCAGCUGAAGAAGACGGCCAGGAGCCAAGAAGCAACGCAGCAGAAAGCGUCGUCUUCGGAAGAACAGCAGCAGGAAAAGAUAAAUGAGGUGCGGGGUCUCCUUGGCAGUCUAACGGAGGAGAUGCCGAGUUUUAUGUCAGACGCCACCAUCCGCCGUUUCCUCAGGGCGAGGAAUUGGAGCAUGGAGCAAGCAACCAAGGGUCUCAAGGAGACUGUCAAGUGGAGGCGUGACUACAGGCCGGAUGCAAUUUCCUGGGACGACGUUGCAGAAAUGGAGAACGAGGUCAGGAGGACACAUGUGGCCGACUACCUUGACAAGAAUGGAAGAAGUGUCCUCGUAUCAAACGUACCAAUGAAGUCUAAAGUUUCAGCCAAGGAGCAGAUAAAGCACCUGGUGUAUCUCCUAGAGUAUUUCGCCACCAACUCAGCGGAUGAACAAGACGACUUCGUCGUUUGGCUGACCGACUUCCGGGGCUGGUCGAUAUCGAGCACGCCGCUGUCGAUAACCCGCGAAUCCAUACACAUAAUCCAAAACUAUUAUCCGGGGGUGAUAGGCGUGGCGAUUCCUUUCGACCCUCCCAGGAUUUUUGAAUCUUUUUGGAAGAUAGCCAAGAACUUCGUGCAGGCAGACAUGAAAGAGAAAGUGAAGUUUGUAUAUGCUAACAAGCCGGAGAGCCUCAAGACAAUCGCUGACAUCUUUGACUUGGAUACGCUGGAGUCUUCAUUUGGAGGAAGAAGCGCCCGUACGGCCUUCGACAUCAACAAGUAUGCCGAGAGAAUGAGAAGAGCCGACAAGAUGAGAGGAGCAUCAAAAGAUUCAAAUGGCCACAACCACAACUGAUCUCCCUGACCAAUAGUUUAGAAAAAUAUCUCCCUGGCCAAUGGCUCUGACUAAAUACAAGUUACUUGUGAGUCAUACAUGAGCUUAGCUAAAGCACAAGAACAGGGUAAAGAUCUACUUAUAUACACUAAAACAUGAAGGCGCACGUUGUCACGUCGCGUCCAUCCAUCUUAAUAAAGGAAUGGUAGAAAUA